CGAGCCGACCAGUCGUGGCGUGCGCUCUGGGUUUCCGCCUGCUCUAGGGCUGGCUAGGUGGGGGCUGGUUAGCGAAGGCUGGGAACCUUGGCCCGGCGCCGGGCGCUCGGGCUGCUUUGAGGUCCGCGAGCAGCUGCGCCAUCGGUUUCGUCCAGGCUGGAGCUUCCCAGCAUCGCCCUCCCCCGGGGCGGGCCCUGACUCUCGCUGCCGCGCUGAGUGGGCGGUAAGAAGCCGGUGGCCGCCUGGCGAGCGACUCCUUCGAGCGGCGGUUCCAGAGACGAGAUUGGCGCCGGGACACAGCAGUUGGGGCGAUCACUAGACGAGGAAGUAAGGCUAGGGGAGACGGAGGGAAAACCAAUAUCUAUACAUAUAUACAGCAGAUGAAAGGGAGUUGUCUUCCUGGAGGGAGGCGGGUCCUUUUCGCUACUGCCGCGGCAGUUCCUGGCCGUAGUCCCAACAACCUGCCCGCCUGCCCGCCCGCCCGCCUGUAAACUACGGGCCAGGCAGCUCUCCGCUCUGGGGAGCUCAUCCCCCGAACCCCCUUCUUGAGCGCCCCGCUCGGAAAAAGACGCGGCUGCGCUCGGGCUGGCCAGGGCGCACCGCACCCCGAGCGAGGCGCCCUUGAGCUGCGUCGCCGCUCCGGUUUGCGAGUCGACUUGUCUGCCCGCCAAGAGAAGGAAGCGCGGUCCCUUCCCGCUCACCCCGGCUUCCCCACCCCUGACGCUCCACGCCCUGCAGCUGGAGGAGAGCGGCACGGCCACGGAGGCGCCGAGGAGGGGCGAGCCGCCGCGGAGCAGCGGCGUCCCUUCGGGGGAAAGGGCUCCGGAGAGGAGACGGCGGCGCGGCGCAGAAGGCGGGACGCGCGAUGGCAGCUGCUUAGCCCGGCGCGCGCGGAGCAGCCCCGAGCUGUGGCUGGCCCGGCGGUGCGCCUGGGCAGGGGACGCCGCCGCACCACCGCCGGCAGAGAUGAACGCGGAGGCGGGCGAAGGCAUCACUUUCUCGGUGCCACCCCUCGCUUCUUCGGGCCUCAGUGCCUUGGCCGAAGGCAGCAGCUGCCGAAGGGGAGGAGCGGCGCCCGUGGCUGAGGGUGAGGACAGUCGGCUCCCGCCGCCGCCGCCGGGCAGCUUCUGGAACGUGGAGAGCGCCGCCACCCCUGGCACCUGCUGUCCCGCAGGCACCUCCGGGAGCAGUGCCACCCGAUGCCGGGGCAACCCCGGCCCCAGCGGCGGCCGGCGGACCACCGUGGCAUAUGUGAUCAACGAAGCGAGCCAAGGGCAGCUGGUGGUGGCCGAGAGCGAGGCGCUGCAGAGCCUGCGGGAGGCGUGCGAGGCAGUGGGCGCCACCUUGGAGACCCUGCAGUUUGGCAAACUGGACUUUGGGGAAACCACGGUGUUGGAUCGUUUUUACAACGCAGAUAUUGCCGUGGUGGAGAUGAGUGAUGCCUUCCGUCAGCCAUCCUUAUUUUACCACCUUGGAGUGAGAGAAAGUUUCAGCAUGGCCAACAACAUCAUCCUAUACUGUGAUACAAAUACAGAUUCUCUGCAGUCACUAAAGGAAAUCAUUUGCCAGAAGAAUACUAUGUGCACUGGGAACUACACAUUUGUUCCUUAUAUGAUAACUCCACAUAACAAGGUCUACUGCUGUGACAGCAGCUUCAUGAAGGGUUUAUCGGAGCUUAUGCAGCCAAAUUUUGAGUUGCUUCUCGGACCCAUCUGCUUACCUCUUGUGGAUCGUUUCAUUCAGCUUUUAAAGGUGGCACAAGCAAGUUCCAGCCAGUAUUUCCGGGAAUCUAUACUCAAUGAUAUCAGGAAAGCUCGUAAUUUAUACACUGGUAAAGAACUGGCAGCUGAAUUAGCAAGAAUUCGGCAGCGAGUAGAUAAUAUUGAAGUCUUGACAGCAGAUAUUUUCAUAAACCUGUUACUUUCCUACAGAGAUAUACAGGACUAUGAUUCUAUUGUGAAGCUAGUAGAGACUUUAGAAAAGCUGCCAACCUUUGAUUUGGCCUCCCAUCACCAUGUGAAGUUCCACUAUGCAUUUGCACUGAAUAGGAGAAACCUCCCUGGGGAUAGAGCAAAAGCUCUUGAUAUUAUGAUUCCCCUGGUGGAAAGUGAAGGACAAGUUGCUUCUGAUAUGUAUUGCUUAGUUGGUCGAAUCUAUAAAGACAUGUUUUUGGACUCUAAUUUCAUGGACACUGAAAGCAGAGACCAUGGAGCAUCUUGGUUCAAAAAGGCAUUUGAGUCUGAGCCAACACUACAGUCAGGAAUUAAUUAUGCAGUCCUUCUUCUGGCAGCUGGACACCAGUUUGAAUCUUCCUUUGAGCUCCGGAAAGUUGGGGUGAAGUUAAGUAGCCUUCUUGGGAAAAAGGGAAACUUGGAAAAACUCCAGAGUUACUGGGAAGUUGGAUUUUUUCUGGGUGCCAGUGUCCUGGCCAAUGACCACAUGAGAGUCAUCCAAGCAUCUGAAAAGCUUUUUAAACUAAAGACACCUGCAUGGUACCUCAAGUCUAUUGUAGAGACAAUCUUGAUAUAUAAACAUUUUGUGAAAUUGACUGCAGAACAGCCUGUGGCCAACCAAGAACUCAUGGACUUCUGGAUGGAUUUCUUGGUUGAAGCCACAAAGACAGAUGUUACUGUAGUAAGGUUUCCAGUAUUAAUAUUAGAACCAACCAAAAUCUAUCAGCCUUCAUAUUUAUCUAUCAACAAUGAAGUUGAGGAAAAGACAAUAUCUAUUUGGCAUGUGUUUCCUGAUGACAAGAAAGGUAUCCAUGAGUGGAAUUUUAGUGCUUCUUCUAUCAGGGGAGUAAGUAUUUCUAAAUUUGAAGAACGAUGCUGUUUUCUUUAUGUGCUUCACAAUUCUGAUGAUUUCCAAAUCUAUUUUUGUACAGAACUUCAUUGUAAAAAGUUUUUUGAAAUGGUGAAUACCAUUACUGAAGAGAAGGGGAGAAGCACAGAAGAAGAAUGUGAAGGUGACUCCAUGGAGUAUGACUAUGAAUAUGAUGAAAAUGGUGACAGAGUCAUAUUAGGAAAAGGCACUUAUGGGAUAGUCUAUGCAGGCCGUGACCUGAGCAACCAAGUCAGAAUCGCUAUCAAGGAAAUCCCAGAGAGAGACAGCAGAUAUUCCCAGCCCCUACAUGAAGAAAUAGCAUUGCAUAAGCAUCUGAAGCAUAAAAAUAUUGUCCAGUAUCUGGGCUCUUUCAGUGAAAAUGGUUUCAUUAAAAUUUUCAUGGAACAAGUUCCAGGAGGAAGUCUUUCUGCUCUUCUUCGUUCCAAGUGGGGCCCAUUGAAAGACAAUGAGCAAACAAUCGGAUUCUAUACCAAGCAAAUACUGGAAGGAUUAAAGUACCUUCAUGACAAUCAGAUAGUUCACAGGGAUAUAAAGGGUGACAAUGUGUUGAUUAAUACCUAUAGCGGUGUUCUCAAGAUCUCAGACUUCGGGACAUCAAAGAGGCUUGCUGGCAUAAACCCAUGUACUGAAACUUUUACAGGUACCCUUCAGUAUAUGGCACCAGAAAUAAUAGAUAAAGGACCACGAGGCUAUGGGAAAGCAGCAGAUAUUUGGUCCUUGGGUUGCACAAUUAUUGAAAUGGCCACAGGAAAACCACCCUUUUAUGAAUUGGGAGAGCCACAGGCAGCUAUGUUUAAGGUGGGAAUGUUUAAAGUCCAUCCGGAGAUUCCAGAGUCCAUGUCAGCAGAGGCAAAGGCAUUUAUAUUGAAAUGUUUUGAACCAGACCCUGACAAAAGAGCCUGUGCUAAUGACUUACUUAUUGAUGAAUUCUUAAAAGUUUCAAGCAGAAAGAAAAAGACACAACCUAAACUUUCAGUUCUUUCAGCUGGAUCAAAUGAGUAUCUGAGGAGCAUUUCCUUGCCUGUACCUGUCCUGGUAGAGGACACGAGCAGUAGCAGCGAGUACGGCUCAGUUUCUCCUGACACAGAGUUAAAGGUUGACCCUUUCUCUUUCAAAACAAGAGCCAAAUCCUGUGGAGAAAAAGAUGUCAAAGGAAUACGGACACUCUUUUUGGGCAUUCCAGAUGAAAAUUUUGAAGAUCACAGUGCCCCUCCUUCUCCUGAAGAAAAAGAUUCUGGAUUUUUUAUGUUGAGAAAGGACAGUGAAAGACGGGCCACACUUCACAGGAUCCUGACAGAAGAUCAAGAUAAAGUUGUGAGAAACUUAAUGGAAUCUUUGGCUCAGGGGGCUGAAGAACCCAAACUGAAAUGGGAGCAUAUCACAACUCUCAUUGUAAGUCUCAGAGAAUUUGUGAGAUCCACUGACCGGAAGAUCAUAGCCACCACACUGUCAAAGCUCAAGUUAGAGCUGGACUUCGACAGCCAUGGCAUUAGUCAGGUCCAGGUGGUGCUCUUUGGUUUUCAAGAUGCUGUCAAUAAAGUUCUUCGGAAUCAUAACAUCAAGCCACACUGGAUGUUUGCUUUAGACAGUAUCAUUCGAAAAGCAGUACAGACAGCCAUUACUAUUCUGGUUCCAGAACUGAGGCCACAUUUUAGCCUUGCAUCUGAGAGUGAUACUGCUGAUCAAGAAGACUUGGAUAUAGAAGAUGAUCAUGAGGAAAGGCCUUCAAAUCAAACUGUCCGAAGACCUCAUGCUGUCAUUGAAGAUGCUGUGGCUACCUCAGGGGUGAGCACACUCAGCUCUACCCUAUCUCAUGAUUCCCAGAAUGCUCACAGAUCACUGAGUGUGCAGCUUGGAAGGAUGAAAAUAGAAACUAACAGAUUACUGGAAGAAUUGGUCUGUAAAGAGAAGGAAUUACAAGCACUCCUACAUCAAGCGAUUGAAGAAAAAGACCAAGAAAUUAAACACCUGAAGCAUAAGUCCCAACCAAUCGAUAUUCCUCAAUUGCCUGUGUGCCACCUAAAUUCCCCUGGCAUGAAUACUGAAGACUCUGAACUUACUGAUUGGCUGAGAGAAAACGGAGCUGAUGAAGGCACUAUAAAUCAGUUUUUGGCUGAGGAUUACUCACUGGUCGAUGUUCUCUACUAUGUUACACGGGAUGAUUUAAAAUGCCUGAGACUAAGGGGAGGGAUACUCUGCACACUGUGGAAGGCCAUCACUGACUUUCGAGACAAACGGACUUGACUGUUCCAAAUUUGUUUCCAACCUUCUGUGAAGAUUCAAAAAAUUAAUCCAGACCUGAUCUUCUUAGGGAAAAGAGAAAAUUUAAGGGAGAGGAGAAAGAAGCUGCACUUUAAGUCCAGUAUUUGUUUACUUGUGUUAAAAAAAAUAGAAAUUUCCUCUAUUUCUAAAAUUCAUAAAGACUCUUCAAAAGGACACUCAAAAUAAUACUAAACAUUAGUAUGAAUAAUAUUUAGGAUUAUUUGAACAUAAACAUUUCUAGGGGAAUAUUUUUAAUUCAGCACCCAUUUGCACUUCGGCCAAAUGUAUCUUUCACACAAAAUGAAUAUAACAUUUCAUAUAAUUGUGCAUCACUGGAACAAAACUAAAAUGUGACCACAACUUUUUAGGCUUAAAUGUGCUUGUAAUAUACCUUGGUAAUCUGAGUAGGAAUGAAUAAUCUCAACUAUUAUAUGAAUUUUAUGUUUUUUAAGUGUGCAGAAUCUGAGAACAGUGAUUUUUAUUUAUCUGUAAGAAUUGUAAUAUUGACUAUCUUUUGUAACUUAAGUUUCUGGCUUAUAGUAUAUUUGUUUGAGUUGUUUAUGUACUACUAAACUGUACCAGUUGCACAUGCCUGAAUUCUAGUAAUGUUAGCUUGUUCUAAAGCUAUCCAUUGUGUUAUUUUUACUCUAAAAAGUAAAAAAAAAACCAGCUCUCAACAUACCUUUUUGAUAAAUUCUAAUGAGUUCUUAUUUUGUUUGGACAUAUGAGAUUAAUUACUGUAUCGAAAUUUUAGUCCUUUCUUCAACUAUAAUGUUAGAGUCUGCCUUCUAUCCAAAUCAUCAAAGAACAGCUGAUGUACAAGUUGUUUCUUAAGGUAGAAGAGUGGUAAGAGAGGGAAUAAAGUAAAUAAUAGUAAAAGAAAGUCAGUUUAUUUUUCUCAAGGUCUCAAGUUAUCUUGAAUAGCCUUUGAAUUGUGCCAAAGACACAAAGGGUCUAUAUAUGGCAUCCCAGUGGAGAACAUUGCUUCUAUUAACUCCUUAAUUUUCAUAUUUGAGGAGAAUAUUUUUAAGUUAAGGUAAGCCUGCCCACGUUAAUAUGAUUAAUUCCAAACCUCCUUGAUAGGUAGAAACUGAUUAAUGUAUGGGAUACAAAUACUUGAGCGCUGUUCAAAAAAGCAUGACUUGACCCCUAUAUAAACAGACUUUGAUAAAACGGGUGCCAUUUUUAUUUCGAGGUGUAACUACUAGAGUAGACUGGAGAAGUAGUCUUAGUGUUUCCUUUCUCCAAACUGCUUAUUUUGCUUUGUUCAAUUUCUAAGUCACCACAUAAAACAGUUUGGCAAACAAAUUAUUGCUGAGUCACUGGAAUGCCUACUGUGUCUGAGGCACUGUAGCAUAGCAGCAGAAGAAGCAAACACACUACUCAUCAAGUUCAGAAUGUAGGCAAAGUGCAUUAUGUCAUCAAGGACAUCUGCAGUCUGCAAACAAAUAAAAUAAAUGACUCCAGACUUUAGGGACACAAUAUAGAAAAUGAGAAGACAAAUUCCCUGUCACCAAAUAAUUCAUAUCAGAUUGAAGAAACAAAUUUGCAAUAAUGAAUUGAGCAUAAUGUGUGUUAAGGGCUAGUGAAGUAUUAAGCCCAGAGAAGUAUUAAGCUGGAGAGGCUGGGGACAGGCUUACAGGGGUCAGAGCAAGUGGAACAGCUUUAUUAAGAAGAUGGAUUUCAACUGGUAUUUUAGAAAGAAGGAAUUAAGUCAGGACUAGGAUAUCACUUUGGACAGAGAACUCCAAGAAUACAGGCAGGGAACAAAGAUUUGCAAAGUGUUUUGGAGAACACAGACACUUGGAUUUAAUUAAGGCAUAUACAGUUUUAAUUACAUAUAGUUGAAAAUGUGAGUUACAGAAAUUAAAGUGGAAAAUAGAUAAGUCAGGCAGGGAUAGAGGAUUACCAGAGAGGAAAGGAAAUAUGUAGAAAUGAGGAAUCUAUGAAAGGUUUUUGAGCAAGGAAGAGGUGUGAAGUAUCUGUAUGAUAUUAACCUGGUAAAGUUCUGUGGGUAAAUUAGUGGAAACAAAAAUUGGACAGAGCAAUCAAGAGACAGUCUUAUGUAUGAGUGAGAGUCUAAUAGGAGCUACAGCAGAAUUUGAGGUAGAAUUAAAGUACCGAAUUCACAUGGUUUAGGAAUUAUGAUUUAGGCUGUGAUGACCAAAGAAUGGAAAGGAUAUAUAUUGAAUAUACUCAAGAGAACAUUUUUUAAUUUUUCAUAAAAAUGAAUCUUUAUUAAA